CGAGUCCCCGCUCCCCCCUCCACCCGCCGGGUAAGCUAGGCUCCGCCGCCGCCCACGCCUCCUGCGCGCCACGGCACCAGAGCAGGCGGCUCUACUUAAGCAGCGCGCGGGCCGCGACCCAGCACUCGCCUAGAGCGCGCUGGCAAGGCGGGUCAGAGCGCACUGGAGCUUACGGGGGCACACAGCGGCGCGCUCGCACUGCUCGACUCAGCGCGGCUCUCGGAGGUGGCGGCGGGGCGCAAGGCUGAGCGAGCGUCCGGGCUCCGGGGCUCCGGGGAAGGCGGCUGCAGUUCUUGAGUGCAGCGCGGCUCCCCGCCACUGUCCCGGCCCGGCCACCUCUCUGUCAUGGCUCUGGCGGACAGCACACGUGGAUUACCCAACGGGGGCGGCGGCGGCGGCGGCAGCGGCUCCUCGUCGUCCUCCGCGGAGCCGCCGCUCUUUCCCGACAUCGUGGAGCUGAACGUGGGGGGCCAGGUGUACGUGACCCGGCGCUGCACGGUGGUGUCGGUGCCCGACUCGCUGCUCUGGCGCAUGUUCACGCAGCAGCAGCCGCAGGAGCUGGCCCGGGACAGCAAAGGCCGCUUCUUUCUGGACCGGGACGGCUUCCUCUUCCGCUACAUCCUGGAUUACCUGCGGGACUUGCAGCUCGUGCUCCCCGACUACUUCCCCGAGCGCAGCCGGCUGCAGCGCGAGGCCGAGUACUUCGAGCUGCCAGAGCUCGUGCGCCGCCUCGGGGCGCCCCAGCAGCCCGGCCCGGGGCCGCCGCCCUCGCGGCGCGGGGUGCACAAGGAGGGCUCGCUGGGUGACGAGCUGCUGCCGCUCGGCUACGCGGAGCCCGAACAACAGGAGGGCGCCUCUGCCGGGGCGCCCUCGCCCACGCUGGAGCUUGCUAGCCGUAGUCCAUCCGGGGGUGCUGCGGGCCCGCUGCUCACGCCGUCCCAGUCGCUGGACGGCAGCCGGCGCUCGGGCUACAUCACCAUCGGCUACCGCGGCUCCUACACCAUCGGGCGGGAUGCGCAGGCGGACGCCAAGUUCCGGCGAGUGGCGCGCAUCACCGUGUGCGGCAAGACGUCGCUGGCCAAGGAGGUUUUUGGGGACACCCUGAACGAAAGCCGGGACCCGGACCGUCCCCCGGAGCGCUACACCUCGCGCUAUUACCUCAAGUUCAACUUCCUGGAGCAGGCCUUCGACAAGCUGUCCGAGUCGGGCUUCCACAUGGUGGCGUGCAGCUCCACGGGCACCUGCGCCUUUGCCAGCAGCACCGACCAGAGCGAGGACAAGAUCUGGACCAGCUACACCGAGUACGUCUUCUGCAGGGAGUGAGCUCCCCAGACCCCGUCGCCACUCCAGCGCCCACUCCUUUUCCUGCCUGAGAGAUGAUUACAAAGCCUCUUGUCCUCGCUCUGUCCCCCAGCUGUCCCUCUCCCAAUCUCCUCCUCCAGUAUUAGCUGGGUGAGACCUAUCCGCUCACCUUCCCUCCACUUCAGAACCUGCAGCCGCAAAUUCUCUCGGCUGCUUCAUCUUCUUUGGACCUCCUGAACCUAGAGAACCCAGAGGAACCCCCACCCCAGCCCCACUUACCACUCCAUGCUUCCUCUAUCCCCUGCCUCAAACCACCCCUCCCCCAGAUGGUACUUCAAUCUGGAUCUAUUGGGGCAGUGUGGCCACAGAGUCACCAAGUACCUGGGAAUGAUUGAAUUGUUCAGAACCUGGUUGGACCAUGUCCAAUGUGCGGAAGAUUUCCUUGAACUCUUCUCAAGCUCUUAGGACUCACUGGGGGUUUAAGAGAUCAGGAUUGGUUCCACUGUCUGGGGUUAGUGUUUUACAAGGUCAUUACACAGUCUUUUUGACCUCUUUUGAAGGUAGAAUUUUAGAAGGCUGGAUGGAAGAUUCUGAGCCUGGAAUUAGGACCCCAUGGAGGCAGUCCAGUAACUAAACGAAUAAAGUUUUGAAAAGUUACACGUAAAGUAGAAGAAUCUAGUGCUGGGACAGUGAAGGAUCUUUUCUCGUACAGAAUAAAAAGUUCUCAGCCUGUGGCUUAAGCUUAUAGAAAGUGACCCUCCUGCCUGCAGAGGCACCUUUUUCAGCUGCUGCUCGUCAGAAGCCCUUGAUUCCAGUGGUUGACAUGGCAGCAGUUACUGGCAAGAGGGAGAAAGGACACUGCCGCCUAAGAAUGCAAGGCUGCUCAGGUCUCCAAGCGCCGUAGGAGGUCACCUGGCAGUAACUGUAGGGAGCUGGGUCAUAGUGCACGUCGUGGGUAUUAGGAAAGCCUGUAUUCUUGCAAUGAAUGGCAGUAGGACCUUCCUUUAGCUGUAAGACUUGGUGGGCGGGGUGGGGUGGGGAGGGAGGAAAGGGUAGGAAGGGUGGGAAGGGAGAAGCCAACAUACUCGUUUAUGAUUUGAAAGUUGGAAAUUUGUACCAUCUGUUUGAGUACAUGCACAUUUUAAAAAUAUCAUAUAGUAAAUGCAAACAUGCCAAGCAUUUUAUAAAGAUUAAUAACAGACCUACUCUUAACUGGCAGUUUGUUGAACUUACUGUUUUGAGUUCUAAACUUAAGAGUUAUUAAUGCUUAUAUAUAAUCUAACCAAAGAGUUACCCAGUAGGGUUUUAGUUUUUGAACUUUUAUUUUCUUGUUGAUUAUAAAUCCUGAUUUUAAAAUCUAUUGAGCAAAAGAAGUUUCGUUUUGGUUACUUAGACCUAAGAUCACUUAUUAAAAAUCCUUAUUUUCUCCAAGCCCAGCAAAUGUUGACUUCUGGGCAAACCUGAAAACCUGAAAAUGCCACUUUCAUGCAGUUUGAAGUUAAGUGAAAUCUUUUCAAAUGACAGAACUGCAGAGAACUCAGCACCAAGGGCUGCCUAUCUGUAGAUAGCUGUAAAAUGGAAUAUUUUAAAUGAAGGCAAGUAAGUACUUAAAAGUGAGCUGAGCAAUAAAAUGGUCUAAUAAUAGGUAAAUGCAACAGAAACAGAAGGAGACCUGAUUGCCUUAUGCCUUUACUCUUACAUGGAAUAAAUUCACAAUGCAUAUCCUAUGUACACCAUAAGUGAAGGGAAAUAAACCUCGUCAUGCUCCAUGCUGUGAGGUGUCCUUUGGAUAUUCUGUGAUGAUGGAGAAGCCUAUUUUGUUUUGUUUUCAGCAUCUUUCUCUGAUGUACGUUUUUAAGGAUUUUGUAAGAGCUGUUUUCAGUGUUUAAAUUAGUGCUAUUUUUCCUUGUUUUUAAAAAUUAAUCUCGUACUGUAUCUUACUAUGUCCAUACAGAUGUUACAAAUUGGAACAGUUUUAUUCUUAGACUCAUGUGAUCCAAGCUGUAUAUAACAUAUAUAAACAUUUUACAUGAAUCAUUUAGUUUUUUAAUUCAUUUACUAAUGCUAUAAAAUUUCCUAUAUUACCCCAGUAAUUUGCAUCAGCUGGUGUAUAUAUAAAGCAACAUGUUUUGAUGAGUUUCUUACAUCCUUAUCUAUGGGGAAAUUGGGUUAGGAAAAAAUACAUAAUUGUAAAACUGAGUUUGCUCUAUACUUUUUUUCUUGAGUAUUGGUUGUAUUUACUAAUCAUAUGUUGAUUAACUGUCUACUUAAAAUCAAGGUACCUGUAUUUUUAAUCCACUAAUUUUUUUUAGUUGGGAAAUAGAUUUGAAGUAUUUUAUUAGACUAACAUUUUUUGAAAAGUAAAAUUGACUUUAUAUACAAAGCCUGUAAUUUUGGGCGAAAUGGAAACACUUCUAGGAAGUUGUGCUUGCUUGUGUGUUGAGUUUGGUCUCAGACUAAAUAAUGCAUCAGAAUUUAUCUGUUUGAAGCCUGAAAUAAUUUAGGACUCUUAUUCACUGACCAAAAUUCAGUGUUAUAGAGAUUUCUCUAUCCUGCAUGGUAUUUUGUUAGAUUGUUCAACAGGAAGCACAUGAUUGAGAACAUCUUGGGACAGAUCAAAACUGAUCAAAACCACUGACAGAUGGCAAGAUUCGGCGAUUCUGAUUUCCCUUCUCAAAUCUGUUCAACUCCAAGAGUCUUGAGAAACUGCUAAAAUUUUGCCUCUGUCACUCAAGUCUUACAAACGUUAUCUUGUAAACCUCUGAGUUGAACUAUUCCACUGUCUUGUACAUAGGCAUCUUAUUCACUCCACCCUGUCACACCCAGCACCCGCUACAUUAUUUGAAAGACUGGGAAUUUAAUGGUUAGGGACAGUAAAUCUACUUCUUUUUCCAGGGACGACUGUCUCCUCUAAAGUUAAAGUCAAUAAAAGAAAACUGUCUAUUUUUAGCCUAAAGUAAAGGCUGUGAAGAAAAUUCAUUUUACAUUGGGUGGAUAGUAUAAUACAAGUAAAAUAACUUGACAUGAACACCUUUAGAUCCCUUCCCCUCCAUGGGCUUUGGGCCACAGAAUGAACCUUUGAGGCCUGUCAAGUGGAUUGUAAUCACCUGUAAGCUGUAAUGGUGGAGGUAUUGUGGAUUCAUCUGAGUUAGCCUUCCAAAGAUACCAUUCAAAUAACCUGGGAGAAUGUCAUAAAUUAUUGAGAUAAUUAUCACUGCAAGAAUCUGAUUCAGAGGCAUGCAUUUACAUAUGUUGCCCUAAUUACCAUUUGAUGACCAUAAAUACAAGUGAAUGACAUUAGACUUUUAGUAGCAAACUUAAUUUUUAAAAAGGAGUAGACAAUGGGGGUUAAAAAAAAAGGUACCAGGUUCUGUGUGUUUGCACCAAGUAAUUGAAAUGUUUUUUGUUUAAUACAUGUGGACCAUGAACAGUAUUCAUUCUAGUUUUUCAAAUGAUAUGCUGUAGAAAAUAUUCCUUGAAGAUGUGAGGUUUAAAAUUUUUUCCCUUUCAAGGUUGUUUGUAUUGUAUUUCUUAUUUGGAUUUUUUGAUUGAUAGCACAGUGAUAAGUUAUAAUACUCGACAAAAUUGUCUUCUCUUUCAAACCAGAGCCAUAUAUAUGUCUGUAUAUAUGGGACCUGCUGCUUCUCUGAGGAAAUGCAUAAUCUUAAUACUCAGACAGAAUGAGCAAUUGGCAUUGCUCAUAAUAUAUUCCAAUUUUUAUUGGAAUUUUCGAUGGAAUGUUAUUUCAAUAAAGCCAUGUAAGGUGAAACUUUGAUAACUUCUUACUCUUCAAGUUAGGGUAAAUUCUGAUCCAAUAUUCAAAUCAUUUGUGUACUCCCACAUGCAAAAUGCUAAAUUACGAUGCAGACAUUAAGAAAAGUAUUGACUGGAGGGGUUGAAUUCAUUGAAAGUUUAUUUUAUAGUCUAAAUCACAAAUACUUUACUCAAUUUAGUUUUUAAAAUAGUAAACUGAAUAUUUUUGUUGUAAGCCUAUCAGAAUCAAUCCUUUGUUUGGAAUUUUUUUCCUGUUUUUCCUUACUAUAAAUCAUUUAAAAACUGAAUGAAUUUUCUUAGAUGGCUUGAGUCCAGUCUCUUGAGAAAUAAGUAAAAUACUCUUCAGUAUCUGUAGCACCUGCAAUAGGUCUUUGUGUAGCCAGAAACAAGUUAUGUUGAAGUUAGCUUUUCUUUGUCACAGUUUUGGACAAUAAAAAUCUAAAAGUAUUAACACUUGAUUUUCUACUGGGGCCCUUGAAACUUGGAUGGAAGAAAUUCAACCAGAAUAUCUACAUUAUAGUAUAAUCAUGUGUGGUAGGAAGAUGGACUAGUUAAUCAAGAUUUGUUGUCCCUUAAUUUUUAGUGAUUCUUUUCCAAACCAGUUUUUUUAAAAUUCUAAAUGUGUUUUGAGGUAUGUGUACAUUAAUUGUAAUGUAAACUAUUAUACAACUGUUUUUGUGACUUUAUAGGCAGGUAAAUUUUGCUAUUACUAUUGAAUACAAAUGACAAUUCACUUAUGACCACUCAAACAGCGUUAGUAACCAUUUAGUGACAAAGGAUUAAAACAUCAUCGUGGAUGUUAAUUUUGAAGAUGUAAAUUAUAUGUUGUUUAAAUUUUUCCAGGCAUCUGAAAACCUUAUCUGCUAGACAAUGUAAGAUUCACACAGAGUUAUCUGGGAUUCUGAAAUUUUAAGUAGUACAUAUCAUUAAACCAUUUUCUCUAAAUGUAAGAAGAGAAGAAAAAAAAUGUUAUCAGAUUUUUCUAAUGACACAGAAAUGUAAGAAAAAAAUCCCUUUAUAUUGAAAAAAGAUGCAGUUGAAGUCUUUUCAGACAUGCCCAAACUUUGAGAAUUUCUUCAACCAUCUAAUGCUGUGAAGGUUUUUCUUCUCCCUGUUCACAACCAGUUGUAUAACAGAAAUACUAGCUACUGUUUUCCUUCCUGUGUGUGAAAUAAUGAAUCAUUGAUUAUGUGACUUGUUAUGUAUUCAAUUAAACACUAAAGAAUAAAACAUUCACUCCUUUAA